AUGGGCAAGGGCGACACAGGAUGGCAAUCACUGAGCGUGAGUCGUCUUCAGACCGAUGCCAGCCAUGGGGUUUGUUGUGGAGAGUUUCCAAACCCUCCAAGGGAGGGCCUCCCCAUCCCACCUCACCCCCCACUUCACCCCGACCCCCACCCACUGCCACUCGUUGCAGUGAAAUUCCUGCAGGAGUGGGGGCGGAGCAUCUCCGGGUGGAGUGGCGAGAGUCCGGACUGCAGCAGUGCCACGGGCCUCACGUGCGACCCCUCCGGCAUGAUCGUGAUCAUGCAACUCCGGAACUACAAGCUGGGAGGGCAGAUUCCAAACUCCCUCAGCAGCCUCAAGAAGCUCAUUAAACUCGAUCUUGCAAGCAACCAGUUGCCAGGCAGCAUCCCUGCCACCGUGACUGCGCUCAGCCUGCUGCAACACCUGUGGCUCUUCAACAACACGCUCACCGUCGCUAUCCCGGCUGACAUUGGCUCACUGACCAGCAUGAUCACCCUCUAUCUCUUCUCCAACAUGCUUUCUGGCUCCGUGCCCUCCUCAAUCACAAAGCUGACUGCACUGACGAUUUUGUCGCUGGCCUCCAACCAGCUCAACGGCUCCAUCCCGGCUGACAUUGGCGUCCUCACCAAGUUGACAAGCAUAGACUUUUCAAGCAACCAACUGUCGGGCAGCAUUCCGGCUACCAUCAGCACACUCACCCAAGUUUCUUACCUGUCCUUCAGAAGUAAUCUGCUCACCGGUUCAAUCCCUGUGGAAAUUGGCUCUCUACUAUCUCUCUCAUCCCUCUCUCUCAACUCCAACUUGCUGUCAGGAUCUGUGCCCUCCUCGAUCACAAAACUCACUGCUCUUACCUUUUU